AAUUUUCAAAAUGUUCCUUCAAGAAAUCAUUAACAAGAAAAUGAAUGAGCCUGAAGACCUCGAAAUGUCAGACUCGAUGAGUGUCAAUCCUGCAGCAGGGCUCACCAAUGCUACAAUGAAAAGGAAGAAAAAUGUGAUUGGAAGUGCAUAUAGCAGUAACCUUAAUUAUCCUAAGGAUCAAAAGUUCUUUCAUAAUAAUGAUAUCCCAGAAAAAGCGAAAGAGGCCGUUGCUAAGGUAAAAGAUGCAUUCGCCCAUCAUGAUAGACCAAAUUGGAACUCUAGUGUAUUGAAAAGUGGUCUUCCUGUGCCUGAUAACGACGAUGCAAAGCUAUUUUCAAUUAAGAAAGGCUUUAAUGACUUUCAUCCCAUUAGUACAAAGAACAAUAAAGUUUAUGAUGGAACAGACACAAGGAAUGACCAUGAUACUAGAGGAUGGAAUGUUUCAAACCAAGUGCCAAUUCCUCUCCAUGACCAGAAGAGAAUUGCUGAGGAGACUGCAAUGAGGAUGUCUAAGACCAAAGAAUUUAACGAAAAAGUGUUAGCAAACUAUAAAACUCCAUUUGAAAGAGCUAAGGAUCAUUCUGAAAACUUAAAACUCACUAGAACAAUGGAGCAAGAUUGGAAGAGUAGCAUCAAGUCUGAAGUUGACAGUCAAAUGCCUAAAGCUAGUGAAGAAAAGAAACAAGCUAUUGUUAUGAAGACUAUGUAUGAAGAGAGAUACAAACACCAAGAACAUGAAGAUCAACAUGAACUUACCUUUAAACCAGAUUUAGCCAAAACCCUUAUCUCAAGAAGGAAGAGAGUUUAUCAUCACACAGGCAAGUGGGAAAAGUCCAAAUUUGAGGACUGAGAAGCUUGGUCGUGCUGAAUGAAUUAUGACAAAGACUCAGAAGGAUGCAAUGUCAGAAUAGUUGAUCCUGAUAAAUAUAACAUUGCUUCCUUCUAA